GAAGUAGUGGUUCAUGGCGCCUCCUUAAAUUUUGCGCCUGAGAAUUAGCAUCUCAGGGGAUAGGUCUUGAAAUAGAAUACAUUUAUGUCCUCUUUCUUCCCGCUUUGGACACAGGAAAGAAUGAGAUCCGCUGACUAUGGGCACUGGGGAGCCAAGGACAGCGUUUGAGCUCGGGAAGUUCAGAACAUGGUGAUGAGUUUUCGAGUCUCCGACCUUCAGAUGCUCCUGGGUUUCGUCGGGCGGAGUAAGAGUGGACUGAAGCACGAGCUGGUCACAAGAGCCCUACAGCUGGUCCAGUUCGACUGCAGCCCCGAGCUGUUCAAGAAGAUCAAGGAAUUGUAUGAGACGCGCUACGCCAAGAAGCACGCCGAGCCCGUCCCGCAGCCCCACCGGCCUCUGGACCCCCUGACCAUGCACUCAGCCUACGACCGGGCCGGCACGCUGCCCAGGACACCCCUCUCGGGGCCCAACAUUGACUACCCCGUGCUCUACGGGAAAUACUUAAACGGACUUGGACGGUUGCCCACCAAAAACCUCAAGCCAGAAGUCCGCCUAGUGAAGCUGCCCUUCUUUAACAUGCUGGACGAAUUGUUGAAGCCGACCGAGUUAGUCCCACAGAACAGCGAGAAGCUUCAGGAGAGCCCAUGUAUCUUUGCGUUGACGCCGAGGCAAGUGGAGCUGAUCCGGAACUCCAGAGAGCUGCAGCCGGGGGUCAGAGCUGUGCAGGUCGUGCUCAGAAUCUGCUACUCAGACACCAGCUGCCCUCAGGAGGACCAGUACCCACCCAACAUUGCCGUCAAGGUCAACCACAGCUACUGCUCAGUCCCGGGCUACUACCCCUCCAACAAGCCAGGCGUGGAGCCCAAGAGGCCCUGCCGGCCCAUCAACCUCACCCACCUCAUGUACCUGUCGUCUGCCACCAACCGCAUCACUGUCACCUGGGGCAACUACGGCAAGAGCUACUCCGUGGCCCUGUACCUGGUGCGGCAGCUGACCUCCUCAGAACUGUUGCAGCGGUUGAAAACCAUCGGGGUCAAGCACCCGGAGCUAUGCAAGGCGCUGGUCAAAGAGAAGCUGCGUCUGGACCCUGACAGUGAGAUUGCCACCACCGGUGUGCGGGUCUCCCUCAUCUGCCCGCUGGUGAAGAUGCGGCUGUCGGUGCCCUGCCGGGCAGAGACCUGCGCCCACUUGCAGUGCUUCGACGCCGUCUUCUACCUCCAGAUGAAUGAGAAGAAGCCCACCUGGAUGUGCCCCGUGUGCGACAAGCCGGCCCCCUACGACCAGCUCAUCAUUGAUGGGCUCCUCUCCAAGAUCCUGAGCGAGUGCGAGGACGCAGACGAGAUCGAGUUCCUGGCGGACGGCUCGUGGUGUCCCAUCCGCGCCGAGAAGGAGCGCAGCUGCAGCCCCCAGUGCCCCAUCCUGGUCCUCGGCACAUCUGACACCAACGGGCUCCUCUCUGCCCCCAACAUCAAUGGAGGUGGUGGCGUUGGCAGCGCAGCCAGUGGCAGCAGCGGCGGGGGCAGCGCAGCCAGCGGUGUGGAGAACGGGAAGCCAGGUGCCGACGUGGUGGACCUCACGCUGGACAGCUCGUCCUCCUCGGAGGAUGAGGAGGAGGAGGAGGAAGAUGAGGAGGACGAGGAUGAGGAGGGCCCCCGGCCCAAGCGUCGCUGCCCCUUCCAGAAGGGCCUGGUGUCAGCCUGCUGACCGCCCUGCAGACGCUCGACUUUCCUGGUGCUGACCGCGUGGAGGGCGCAGGCGGCCUAUGCCGGAGGAGGCGCCGUUUCGUUCGCUUUUCCCUGUCCUUCCUUUUGUUUCCUGGCCCAACCCCGGCUCCCGGCGCCUGUAGCUCUGGACUCCCAGCGGAGGAUUAAAAAAGUCAAACGACAGAAAAAUUUUUAAAAAGUACAAAAGAAAGGAAAAAUGAAACAAACACAAAAUCAAACUCUUCGAAACAAGGCGAACUGCCCUCCAGCUGAUUCCCUGGUUGGAGCUUCCGCCUGAAGACUGGAGCAGGCAGGGACCUUCCCGAUGCCCCUCGGACGUCACCACCACCUCCAGAGCCGUCUGUCCUUUCCGACGACCAUUCCAGCUGGUGCAGGGGGACCCGGGCUGCAGGUUGGGAGGCAGGCGCCCUCCAGCUACAGCCGCGUCUUCGUCGUCCCCCGGUUCCUUUGCUUUCUUUCUCUCUGCAGACGUGUCCCCUUGCCCAGAACUCCUCGCAAGCAGCGAGCCGUUUUAACCAAGAAGCCAUGGAGUGGGGGGAGGAGGCGGGUGGGAUUGGGAGG